AUGAGCGAUAGGACCCCUGAGAUGAGCGAGCUAGACGAGUUCCAUUACUGCAUCUGGUACCCGGAGACGGCCAAGAAGGAAACCUACCGGGCUCUUGCCAGCCGCUAUCCGCAGAUGAAGUGUCUUGUCGGUGGAGCAUGUGCUGUGGCGGGUUAUGUAAACCUUUUCAGAGCGGACCUCCUUCCCGAAGCGCACAUUGCAGAAGAGGCGCGCGAGAACAAACAGUGGGAGAUCUACGAAGCCAUCAUGGCGGCAGAUCUACGCUACAAUGCUACGGACGACUACACCAGGACUGUAUUCCCCAAGCCAGCACCCACGACCGGAGGUGACGAGGACUGGAGUAUUUUUGAUAUCUUGAAUAUACGAGACCGUGGCAUUUUUGACAUUACAGAAGACGAUCGGAUCGACAAGUUCACCUCAGAGCCACUACCCCCGCAGAAGGACGACGUGAGUCACCUACUGUAUACACCGCUGCCAGCCGAUUUGCCGACGAUGAAUAAGGACCUUUUGAUCCUCAUGGCGACGUAUUACGGUAAUAUCGAACGGUACGCUCGCCUCCGUCGUCCUAAUAACUGGAUCACCACCGAGGUGGAGAGUGUCGUGCGCGGCAUCUACCACAACUCCAUAGACCAAACACCUCCCAUACUGAAUGUGGUACCCAUCCUUUCCUCACGUCGCGACUUGCAAAGAGCUACUUCGGCGCGUGCCGUCCAUGAAACCGGCUGUGGCGAGGGUCUGAUCCUGCGCGAUUACAGCGGCUACUGGGACGAGCUUGAUGCUGACCAGGAUGUCAAUCUGAUGGAGGACUCUCGCGAGAGCCCCAGCCCAAAGAAUCUCCGUGAUCUGGAAGCAAGGGUUCCAGAGCGUGGUUGCCGUGACUUUGGACGCGUCGAGCAUACCUCCACCCUUGUCCUUGACACUGUGCCCGACGAACCGUAG